CCUGGCACCCAAGGGCUCACUAAGCAAUGGCCACUGUGGCCACCGGUGAGGGCAGCUCGGUGGUGGGGUAGUGAAGUCCUGGGACACUGGGGCUGCACCAGUUUCUUGGACUCCACAAGUGUGUGUAGAGAGAGGAGCGAGGAAUGUGAUCCGACCCAGCAGCCCGGGGGAGCCAGACCAUAUCUGGUAUGUCUCUCUGGAAUGAUUUUGGGGGAAUUCACCGAAGUUGGAACUUAAGACGUGGACUGCCGGUAACCCGUAACACAGGGAUGUGGUGCUGUCCGUGUGCAUACCCCCCACAAGGGGACCUGGUGCCCGGGGUGGGAGUCGGCUUACACAGCACAGCGCUGGCUGCUGCUUGGGCCCGCCCUUGAAUGGCCGUGAACUUGUUUUUCCACGUCAUUUGCUCUCAAAUGUACUAUCGAGCUGGGCGACGCUAACACAGCGGCUCAGGUCCCUCCUCGUAACAAGCGAUUGUGUGUUCUUCAGAGGUGGCUGACGGGAGGAGGGGGCCCGGCCCCAAGGAGGUGGGGAAAGGGAAACAAACCUGCCUCACAGUGAGCGUGCGUGUCCUGGGGCCAGCUCCCCCCCCCCCCCCAAAGCACAUGCCAUUUCUGUCCCUGGAAGGGGUUAAAGGCCUCCUGGAGUCAAGAACAAGCAGGUGUCCCACCGUGCCAGAGACUGCUGCCUAAACUGCUUCCAGCUUUUCCCCCUUUCUGCAAUACGUCUGUGAUCAGCCACGGGACAGAGGCGCCAGCAGCCUGCCUCUGACAGACAUCAGGUUAGCUCGCUCCCACUCGGGUGGUGCGCCCAGGAUAUAAAUCCAGGCUCGAGCCCCUGCUGUGUUCCUCUCCCUAGCACCCGGGGUUGGGGUGGCGGGGACGGAGUUUCCUACCAAAGACCUUUCUUUUAUCUGAAGCCUCACAGCUCAGCAGGCUGCGCUUGGUGGAGGCAGCCACAGCAGCCGACGCCAGCAAGCAGCCUCAGCAAGGAGACUUGCUGGGGUGAAGAGGGCAGGUAUUGCCAGCCCUGGAGAAGAAGGGCCCUGGCGGGCCUCAGCCCUUGGUAUCGUCACACGGAGGCCCUCUGGCCACUGCAGACCGCACCAUGUGGGCCCCGGGGCGUCGUCAUCGGUUCUGGUUCCACUGGGGGCUGCUGUUGCUGCUGCUCCUGGGGGCACCCCUUCGAGGCCUAACACUGCCACCCAUCCGAUAUUCCCAUGCGGGCAUCUGCCCCAACGACAUGAACCCCAACCUUUGGGUGGAUGCCCAGAGCACCUGCAAGCGAGAGUGUGAAACUGACCAGGAAUGUGAGACCUAUGAGAAGUGCUGCCCCAAUGUGUGUGGGACCAAGAGCUGUGUGGCAGCCCGCUACAUGGAUGUGAAAGGGAGGAAGGGCCCUGUGGGUAUGCCCAAGGAGGCCACGUGUGAUCACUUCAUGUGUCUGCAGCAGGGCUCUGAGUGUGACAUCUGGGAUGGACAGCCCGUGUGCAAGUGCAAAGAUCGCUGUGAGAAGGAGCCCAGCUUCACUUGUGCCUCUGACGGCCUCACCUAUUACAACCGCUGCUACAUGGACGCCGAGGCCUGCUCCAAGGGCAUCUCCCUGGCUGUGGUCACCUGCCGCUAUCACUUUACCUGGCCCAACACCAGCCCUCCACCGCCUGAGACCACUGCACAUCCUACCACGGCCUCUCCGGAGACUCUGGGGCUGGACAUGGCAGCCCCGGCCCUGCUCAACCAUCCCGUCCAUCAAUCAGUCACCGUGGGUGAGACCGUGAGUUUCCUCUGUGAUGUGGUGGGCCGGCCCCGGCCCGAGCUCACUUGGGAGAAACAGCUGGAGGAUAGAGAGAAUGUGGUCAUGAGGCCCAACCACGUGCGUGGUAACGUGGUGGUCACCAACAUUGCCCAGCUGGUCAUCUACAAUGCCCAGCCCCAAGAUGCUGGCAUAUACACCUGCACAGCUCAGAAUGCUGCUGGAGUCCUAAGGGCUGACUUCCCGUUGUCAGUGGUCAGGGGGGGUCAGGCAAGGGCCACCUCAGAGAGCAGUCUCAACGGCACGGCUUUCCCAGUAACUGAGUGCCUAAAGCCCCCGGACAGUGAGGACUGUGGAGAGGAGCAGACGCGCUGGCACUUCGAUGCCCAGGCUAACAACUGCCUCACGUUUACCUUCGGCCACUGCCACCGCAAUCUCAACCACUUUGAGACCUAUGAAGCCUGCAUGCUGGCUUGUAUGAGUGGGCCGCUGGCCACGUGCAGCCUGCCCGCCCUGCAGGGGCCCUGCAAAGCCUACGUGCCACGCUGGGCCUACAACAGCCAGACGGGCCUCUGCCAGUCCUUCGUCUACGGUGGCUGCGAGGGCAACGGCAACAACUUUGAAAGCCGCGAGGCCUGCGAGGAGUCGUGUCCGUUCCCGAGGGGCAACCAACACUGCCGGGCCUGCAAGCCUCGGCAGAAGCUAGUCACCAGCUUCUGUCGAAGUGACUUCGUCAUCCUGGGCAGGGUCUCCGAGCUGACCGAGGAGCCUGACUCAGGCCGUGCCCUGGUGACUGUGGAUGAGGUCCUAAAAGAUGAGAAGAUGGGCCUCAAGUUUCUGGGCCGGGAGCCGCUGGAAGUCACUCUGCUUCACGUAGACUGGGCCUGCCCUUGCCCCAAUGUGACAGUGAGCGAGACACCGCUCAUCAUCAUGGGGGAGGUGGAGGGUGGCAUGGCCAUGCUGAGACCUGACAGUUUCGUGGGCGCGUCGAGCACACGGCGGGUCAGGAAGCUUCGUGAGGUCAUGCACAAGAAAACCUGUGACGUCCUCAAGGACUUUCUGGGCUUGCGCUGAAGCUGGCCAUCUACCCUGACCCUCCUCCACCCACCCACCCCCUGCCCUCAGUCAGCCACUGGGUGAGAUCAGAUUAGGCCGCCACGGCCAACGGGGAAACCUCAGCUGACAUGUGGGAAGAAAGCCAUCAUAGGUCUGAAAAGGAUCUCUAUUCGUUGGGUUCAAUAGAAGGUUCAUAUCUUUUUUUAACUGGGAAGGAAGUUGGCAAAAGGUGAAGAAAAGACACAUGUAAGUUAUUUCCCGUGAGGGGUCCCCUCAGGUAGUUCCACCCCACCCCCUUUGCUGACCCAGGUCCCUCUGCCCAGUCUCCUAGCCAGGGGUCAGAAAGAGAUGGCAUCUACCUUGUUAAAUGGUUUAGCUUGCACAAGGGGUGUGUGGGAAGAGAUAAGAGAGUCCAAGGAUUGCUUAAGAUAACCUUCCCACUGCCUCCUGCACCACCGUAAGCAGAGACUGCCUCUCAUUAAGGGCAGUGGGAAGCCAGAGGACCGUCCAAUCCAGGAUGUAACCGAUUCUAACGGAGGUUGCAGGGACGGCGGCUGCCUUUGGUGGCGUCAGUUUGUGUCCCUGAGGUCACCCCACCAGCAAAAAUUCAUGUUUUCUCUCCUGGGCUGCCUUGGUUUGUUGGUUUGCUUCUGUUCAUUUCGGCCCAGUGGACACUUCCUGGGUGCCAGGUGCUAGGACCAUAGAGAAAGGCUGAGCUCCUCUAGCAGAGCCCAAACACAACGUCCUGAUCCUAAGCUCCCCCAGGAGCCAGUGAGUGGCUGGCGGCAGUCAGCCACUUGCAUCUGAUGGAUGGUGUGCUGUCAUAUGCCAUGGGCUUCCUUGGAGAAGCUCCAGGAUCUGUUUGGGUAGCAAGAGAAGUAAGGUAGACAAAAGGCGGGAGGGGCCGGGGAAUCAGAGUGGAGGCGGGCCCAGAGAGAAGGAAUAUUGCUUGAUGCUGCCAUCUGGUGGUGAGUAUGGGUGUCUGCAUGGAUCAGGAGGGAGGAGCCAUCUAGGUGGGGCCUGGGAGGGGCCUUUUGGAGAUGGCAGCUCUGAGAUCACUUGUUUUUUUCUGGUCCCAGCCACACAGGCACUGGGUAGAGGAUUUGGAACCACUCUAUCAUUCCUGCACCUGUCCUGUUCUCUCUUCAGCCCUUCAUUCUGUCCACAUCCCUCCAAAGGAGGCAUUGUGGGAUGCCCUAAUGUCUUCCUCAAAUAGGAGGAGGAUGAUACUAAAUAAAAAUUCAUAGUGUCUACUGUU